AUGGCGAAGGGAUUCACCUCAAAUGUUGCAGCCCCAAUGCAACGUGAAUCUCCUCAGGUUGAAGUAUCUGCUCAGCCUACUGAAGAACAUGCCAGCACCGCUGAUGAAAAUCAGGUUGCUGAAGAAUAUGAAAGCUGUAGGGCUGAUGAAGACAUUUCAGCCACCGAAGAAAUUGCCAGGGCAACCUCUAGUGUUGCACGUGAAGAUCAAGCCAGGCCAGCUGAAGCAUCUGCUACUGCGCCUGAAGACACUGAACAAGCCAGGGCAACUGCAUCAGUUGCGCCUGACGAAACUGCACCAAUUUCCUCUGCUCGUCCUACACCAACACCAAGUCCUAUUCUUCCUUCUGCAACAGAAGUGAAGAAAACCAAAGCUGUAGAGAGAGCCGAUGUGAAGAAAAGGAAAGCAUCUGUCGAAUCAGAGUCUUCAGUACCAAAGAAAAUGAAGACUUUGACGAGCUCUUAUGACAAUCCUAUAGAUGUUGUUCCUGUUUCAAGCAUGCCAUCAAAGGAGAUAGUUCCCUUUGGUGAGGACUAUGAAAUUCCAAGUGGAUCAGAUGAAGAAGAUCCUUCUACUGCUUCGUCAGAGCAGUUGGAUGAGGAAAUUAAAGUGGACAAUAUCACUUCAACUCCAUUGGUAUCAUCGCCCAUGCCUCAGUUCACAGCUGAAGAGGCAGGCCUUGAGGUAAUUGAUGAAGAAGAUGAAGACGUGGACAUUGGGUGCACACUCCAAUUCUAA